AUGGUCCGUCUUAAGCUGUUUCUCGCAACAAUAGCCAUCAGCGGCUUCGCACUUCCUGUGCUGGCGUGCCCGGCUGGGAAGGUUCAUACCGUCAUCACCAACACCACAGUCACGAGGCUUCCGACUGGCGUUAUUCCUAGCAAUCCUCAACUCAGUACCCAACGACCGAAAAGACCCAAAACAUCUCUAAUAAAGGCUAUAUCUACUGCAACACCGACUCCGGCAUUACCCAUCACGACGCGCCGUGCACCACCCAUCUCUUCCCCCACCGAUGUUCCAUCCGGGGGCAGCAAUUCUAGCUACAUGGCAAUUGUUGACAAAUGGCGUGCGGCAAUGGGGCUAACUAGCCUCAAGCAGGACAGUCGUGUGGAGAGUAAUGCUCUUAAAACGAGUGAGAAUAGUGGCGGGAGCCUUAAGCAUAAGAUCUUCCCCGGAUCAAGUGCACAGGUCAUGGCACCAGGAAAUCCGGACAACUUCGAGAGCGUCUUCGUCGGUGGCUGGCUCUGUGAGAUACCGACACUUCCCGGCCUCGGUGAUGCCUGCCGCACCCUGAGCAAAGGCUGGAACCAUGCCGGCCAGACUGGACAUGCGGAGAUCUUGACCUCGAAGCAGUACUCCAAAAUUGGGUGUGGGUUGGCUUUGGGAAUAUGGACCUGCGAUCUAGCUUAG